UACGUGCUAAAAAAAGCUUUAAAAAGACAAUUUUAUCACAUUAAUAAAGUAUUGUAUGAUCUAAGUCGUGUCCCACUAUCAUCUUUUAGUGCUGGUAUAUUUUAUCUUGAUAUUCGUCUUCCAAGUGAAUAUCCAUUCAAACUACCAAAGGUAUACUUUUGUGACUAUCAUCCGAAUAUUAUUGAUAGUGAAAGUAUAGACGUGGAUUUCUUAAGGGAUCAAUAUUCACCAGCAAUUACCAUCUCUAGGGCUGCUGUUAGGGAAUGGACUCGUAAAUAUUUUAGUGAGACAUUAUAAGAUUUUUUCUUUAUUGGCAUUUUUAUUUAAGUUUUAUUAUCUAAACCCAUACAUGUCCCACUAAUGUCUUAUUUUAAAUAU